AUGGCACCAAGUAAGAUCCGAAGAGCUCUCGGCCAUGUUAAAGACCAGACGAGCAUUAGUCUCGCCAAAGUCGGCGGUAGUACAUCGCUUUCUGACCUCGAUGUCGCCAUCGUUAAAGCGACGAGACACGAAGAAUACCCCGCCGAAGAACGGCACAUUCGAGAAAUACUUACGUUAACCUCGUAUUCACGAGCUUACGUUAGUGCGUGCGUCAACACUCUCUCGAGACGUCUCAAUAAGACUAAAAAUUGGACCGUAGCAUUGAAAACUUUAAUAUUGAUACAUCGUCUUCUCACCGAAGGUGAUCCGACGUACGAGCAAGAGAUCUUCUUCUCGACGAGGCGUGGGACUCGGAUCCUCAACAUGUCAGAUUUUCGUGACACUUCGCGAUCGAAUUCGUGGGAUUUCUCUGCAUUCGUGCGGACUUUCGCGUUGUACAUCGAUGAAAGUUUGGAAUUUAGAAUGCAAGGGAAGAAUACGAAACGGAAUGUUUAUAAAUGUGAAGAAGAUUUCGGGGAAGACUAUAACAAUAGCCUUGUCGCCGUUAAACCCACUCCGGUCAAUGAGAUGAAAACCGAGCAAUUAUUUCAAAGAAUGCAGCAAUUGCAGCAACUUCUUGAACGCUUCUUAGCUUGUCGACCAACAGGUGAAGCCAAAUGCAAUAGAGUGGUGACGGUGGCGCUUCAUCCGAUCGUAAAAGAGAGUUUCAAUUUAUAUUACGACAUAACCGAAACAAUGGGAGCUUUAAUCGAUCGUUUCAUGGAAGUCGACAUGACAGAUACCAUGAAAAUCUACGAGAUUUUUUGCCGUCAAAGCAAACAAUUCGACGAACUCGAAGCUUUUUAUUCAUGGUGUCGGAGCAUCGGCAUAGCUCGACCGUCGGAGUUCCCGGAGAUCGAAAAAAUAACUCAAAAGAAACUCGACCUCCUCGACGAGUUGAUCCUUGACAAAUCGGCGUUAGCUCAAGGGAACGUCAAUAGAGAUGAACCGGAACGGGAACCGGAAAUUAAAGAACUGGAACCGGAACCGGAACCGGAAGAAGAUAUUAACGCUAUUAAAGCAUUACCACCGCCGCCGGAAAAUUUCUUUGAAGAAGAAGAAAAGGUUGAAGACGAUAAUUCAAAAGCUAUUGUAGUACAACAAGAAGUUGAUUUUUUGAACUUAGGGGAGAACGCUAUGUCGAGUGAAGACCACGCCGAUAAAUUAGCUUUAGCUUUAUUCGACGGUGCCGUUCCGGCGGCUACAUCGUCGGGGUCGGGAUGGGAUACUUUAAAAGCCGAUGCUGGUUGGGAAACCGCCUUGGUUCAGUCCGCGAGUAAUCUAAACAACCUAAAACCGACCCUAGGUGGUGGAUUCGACCAUUUAUUACUCGACGGAAUGUAUCAACAAGGACAAAUGAUGGCGGCGGUGACGAGUUCUGCGGCUACCGGAAGUGCUAGCAGUGUUGCGUUUGGAUCAGCAGGGAGAUCAGCGGCGACACUUGCGUUGCCGGCACCACCUUCAUCGAAUGGUAAUAAGAACAAUGAACCCGUCGCCGUUGACCCGUUUGCGGGGUCGUUGACGGUGGCGCCGCCGUCGUACGUGCAGAUGUCGGAUAUGGAGAAGAAGCAGAAGUUGCUAAUGGAAGAGCAAGUAAUGUGGGAUCAAUUUAAAAGGAAUGGAAUGCGAGGAGGUAACGUUGCAGUGUCGAAUGUACAACAACAAACGUAUCCGUACAAUCAAGGAGGGUGGUAUACACAUAAUUACUAUUGAAGCUUUUCAAACUUCAUUAGUUAUUAAUGUUUUGGUGUUAAUUUUUGUU